UCAGAAACCUUACGAAAUAAUUUGGAGCAUUUGGUAAUUACUCCUUCAUAUUAUUUCCAAACAGAUGAUGUGAAGCAAUAUUUAGCUACCUAUAAAAAGCUUCAAAUUAUUGAGACGCUCAAAGAUUAUCAUUAUCAAUUUUUCAAUGACAAUAUAACAGCGUUUAUAUGCGUACAAAAAGAGAGAACUUGUCAAUUCAUUUCGGGCAUAAAUAAUGUCACCUGUCCGCAUUUUUGUGAUUGCAUUUUGGAUCGUUUAGAAAUGCGCUUUGAUAUUUCAUGUCAUCACUAUUAUGUUAAGAUUCCCGUAUUGCCGAUUCCUAUUAUUGGCAACACUACUCUCAAAUUUAAUAACAACAACAUUACAAUAUUGCCAAACAACACUGUUGAUGGCUACGCCAAAGCACGGGAAUUGCAUUUGCCUAAUAAUCAACUCCACAACUUAACUGUUGAUCAAUUGCCAACAAAUUUGACAUAUUUGGACUUGCGCAACAAUCGUCUGGAAAAACUUUAUGAACAAGUUCUGGAAUUUCUUUGGAACCGAUCAAGCAGUUUAAGCAUUAAGCUAUCAGGCAAUCCAUGGAUCUGCGACUGCAACGCCAAGAAUCUUAUAGAAUUUGUUUUGAAGUAUCACAAGAUCGAGGAUCGAGAUGGUAUCGAGUGCAGUGAUCCCGAUAUUGGAAUGUUAAGCAUCGGAUAUGAUGAAUUAUCAUAA